ACCCCAAUUCCCAACUGUCAUUUGUCAAAUUGUCAAUGUCAUUUGUCAAAAAAAUCUGUUCCUCGCCCUCGCCGUUUGAUCGUUUCAUCCCUGUUUUUUAUAUCUACGACGUUAAAGAAAUUACUUUUUUAGCGACAUACCUUGUCCUAACGCGCUGUACUGUGGGUGGUAACGCGGACGUACAAUUCGAAACAUUAUUUUUUUCUAAAUAAGAUUUCCCCAUACCUACAUUGUGUUCAAGUCUGUGAUAUUCGUAAUUUCAUUUAAAAUUCUAACCAUGCCUGAUACGUUCACGUGUAUUACCUGCCAGGUGAUAUUCAAAACACCUGAACUGCAACGUGAGCAUUACAAACUAGAUUGGCACAGGUAUAACUUAAAAAGAAAAGUAGCUAACAUACCUCCAGUACCUUUGGAGGAGUUUGAAAAAAGGGCACUAGAGCAUAAAGAGCAGUCUAAAAACGAUCACCAAAGUACAGCGGAAUAUUGCAAGUAUUGCUCAAAAUUAUUCAAUACUAAAAAUGCUUAUUCCAACCAUUUAAACAGCAAAAGGCAUAAAUUAGCUCAGGAACAAUAUGUGGAUGAAGAACAUAGUGGCCAUUCAGAUACAGAUAGCUUUGUGAAGGUUGAAGCAAAUCAAUCAUCCAAACAAGCGACUGGAAAGUUUGUUGUGCUUAACCCUGAUGAUAAAGAAGAAGAAGAAGAUGUCGAAACUGAUUCUGAAAUUGAAGAGCUUGAUUCUGAUGAAUGGGAGGAAUGCCGAAUAAAAGGCACUGAUUCUCUAAUCAAGCCUAGAGAAUGUCUAUUCUGCACUCAUCGUAGCAAAAACAUGGUGAAGAAUCUGAAACAUAUGUCAGAAGCACAUUCCUUCUUCAUUCCGGAUGUGGAGUACUGUGUUGAUGUAAAAGGGUUGCUUUUAUAUUUAGGAGAAAAGAUUUCACAGGGCUUUAUGUGCUUGUGGUGCAAUGAUACUGGACGCACAUUUUAUUCUAUGGAAGCAGCACGGGGUCACAUGGUUGACAAGGGCCACUGUAAAAUGUUGCAUGAAGGAAUUGCACUUGCUGAAUACGCUGAUUACUAUGACUACAGCACUUCAUAUCCUGAUACUAAAGAAGGUGAUGAAAAUAUGGAUGUGGAUGAGGAAGUGGAUGGACCAACGGCUUUAGAAGGUGAUGACUUUCAAUUGGUGCUGCCCUCUGGUGUUGUUGUUGGUCAUCGUUCACUUAUGAAAUACUACAAGCAGAAUUUGACGCAAAACAGUCAGGCAAUAGUGAAGAAAUCUGACAGGAAGUUACAUAGACUUCUGGGAGUAUACAGAGCCUUAGGUUGGGCGCCCAAGGAACAAGCAUUAGCCGCCAAGAAGGCUCGAGAUAUCCACUUCAUGAAGCGAGUGCAAGCUAAAUGGCAGAUGAAGCUCUCCGUCAAAGCAAACAAGUUCCAGAAACAUUAUCGAGCACAAGUCAAUUUCUAGAUACGUUCCGAUGUAAUCAAUAUCAUAGUUGUGUACUUUCAAAUAAUAGUUAAAAAAGCCUGAUGACUUUUAGAAUGGGACAUCAAUAUGGAUUUCAUAUAUCUGUCAGAUAAAAAAUAUUUUUUAAUUAUUAAAUAAUUUGGUUAUCAAUACCCUAUUUCACGAAAUUAUGUCACUGGAUAACACUAUAACUCCAAAUAUUAUUAAUCUUGUUCUUUUUGAACUUUAAAAUCUUGUUCUGCAUUUAAAAUAAUCAAUAUUGGUGUCGAUCCUGGAUGAUUCUCUAAACUUAAAACUAAAGGAUAUGGAAAAGAAACUGCCCUUAACGUUUAUAAUUAUUUUGCACUAGCCCGUAACAUUAUAAUAUAUUUUUUUUAAUCAUUACUUGUUAUUUAUCAUUAUUUUCAUACAACUUUCGUGCAAUAAUCAAAUAUUUAUAAGUAUUAACUCUUCGUGUCUGUUUCAAAAGGAAAAUGUUCCGUUUUACAAAAAAAUUUACAAUAAAUGUACACAAAAAAUAUUUGUGUAAGUAUAUAGAAAUAAACAAUAUUAAUAACAAACUCCUUAAAACUAUGACAUAUUUGGCCCUAAUUUUUAUUAUAACAAAUCAAUGAAGGCCUAAAAUAAAAGACUUUAUUAUUCUAAACAGGCUUGAGACAAGGCUGAAUUAUAAUAAAUCCUUUAAUUUUUUUUGCAAAUGAACAAAAUAAAACUAAAGGUUUCCUGUCAGGCUGAUGAUAAAUAAAAAAGAAAGAAGAAGAAGAAGGCCGAUGAUAACAAGUUAUUUGUACUAUCACUGAAUCAUACCUAUUUUUGCUUUAAAAACUUUUUGUAAAGUUUUAAUCAGAGAAAUGGCAGAACGGAUUCUAAGAUAAUGCGAAAUUGAUGGCUCUGUAAAUAAUUGGCAAUGUCUUUUAUCAAAUGUAGCAAGGUAAUGACAUAGUAAGAGUUCUCAUAAUUUUCAAGAUUGUGACUUUAUCGAAUGUUUCUGAGCCUUUUUUCAUAGAAAUUAUAAACAUUCAGCCAUUGAGCAUUAAAUAUUACUAAGUACAAUAUUUAAACAUUGCUAGGGCAGUAGUAGUUCAUACAAAAUUUUACCAUAUCCUUUAACAUCAUGUCUCUCCUUUUCAUUCUGUAUAGAGAAUGACAUGGAUGCACUGUUGUCAAAUUUAAGUUUAGGUUUAGUGAAUCGUGCCAGGAUCCACACCAUUGUGUACCUUAAAACACCUAUUAUAAUUAGUGUGCUGCUACUUAAAUACUUAAAAUAAUGUUUAUAAUAAAACAAUUUUACUGGCAUUUGGCAUAUCAUAUUCAUAAAUAUUUCGGCAUUAUAAAUGCAUAAAAUGCCGAUUACUCUGUAUGCUUACAAAGCUAUGAAAAGUAGUGCAAUAUCGGUCGACCAUUUUGAUAAUACUGCAUUGCUUAUUUAUUCCAAAAAGAAAACAAUUGUUAUUGUUCAACAUUAUGCCGGCAAUUCACUUGCCUAUUCGUGUUUGUUAUUUGUAAACUUGCCAUCGGUCUGCCCUUUUUCAGGUUUACAGAUAACACUGCCGGCAUUAAAAAUUUCCUUGACAAUAACAUUAAAAAAACUCAUUCUAAAAGCUCAGACAUUAUAAACACUUAAAAUGGUCACGACUGUGUAGUUCAAAUUAAAGAAUAAAAUAAAUUUGCUCGUCCAAACUUGACGUUGAUGUGUGUGUGUGUGUGUGUUGUAUGCUUGUGUUAAAAAUAUGUAUAUAGAAUAUUGGUUCUAAAUGACGUACCUACGUGAUUGGUUCCCAGAGUGGGUUUUAUAUGGCUUCGGUGAUGAAUACCGCAGUUCUAUGCCGCGCAGUAUUCUACUGCACGGUAUUCUGUCGCGUUAUGUCUGUCUCUAAUUGUAUAGGUAAUAUUUCUUUUCUAAUUCAUAGAGGUUUAAAAUGUUCCCUAUUCUUGGCAUUAACUGUUAUAUAUUUCGGUUCUGUUGUAAUAUUGUGUUAAAAUAAUUUACGAACCUUGUAAUAAUUACAAUAGGUAUAUGUUUUUUGUGAUAAACGCCAUUUAUGCUUUUUAAAAUGCAAUGUAACUUAUAUUUGUACUGUAUAAUUUUGUCAAUUUCGUUUUUUAUUACGUUUCAUCCUUUAUUUAUAUUUCAAUAUAGGUAUAGGUGGGUUUUCAACAGUCAGAUACAAUAAUUUGAUCCAAGAAGGUGUCGUGGGAGAGACAUUUUUGUUGUUGUUUAACUGUCAUCCCAUUACAGAUAUUUUGUUUAUCAAUGAUAUUUACUAUUAUUUUUGUAUGAAUUAUGACUUAUGAUAUGAAUGAUGCUAAUCAUGAUUCUAUUCAAUCGGUUCAUCAGAUGAAUUUGCAAAAGUUAUUUGAGAGUUGACAUUGAAAAGAAUCUCACAAUUAAAUGAUCAUAUUUAUUGUGAAUGAAUAGAAUGUUUUAAGAGAAAAUCAAGUUUGGGCACUUUUGAUGAUUUUUGGAAUACCAAUUGAGUCAAAUAAAAAUAUUAAGUAUCUUUUUUUUGUAUUUUCUUUUUAACUAAGCGAGCCUUGCUUCUUAAAAUUUGUGAGGCAGAAUUUGUGGUUAUAACAAUAGAAAAUUUAAAAUGUAGAAAUAUUGCUAC